AGCGUAUAUUCUUCAAUUAAAUUUUAACAAGUUAGUAAUAUUUCGUACUGUAUAUAGUAGUUCGGUUAGUACCGCAACAAGAAGAUAAGUAUGAAUAACUGUUUGUACAAAAUAGUGUCACGAUCUUUAAAUUUUCCUUUUGUUAAGGAAGAUAUACAAAAAUAGCUAUUAGAUAAAGCUCUAAACAACAGUGAACGUAAGAAUACAUUAUCGAAGCAGUUUAUCGAUAUCAAAUAAAACUUUGGUCAGUAUCUUCUUCGUCUUUGUGUUGCUUCCGGUCAGUGCUACUACCCGAUGGGUUUUUCGCGGUAGCAUUUUUCAUCAUCGACACACGUCGACGAUCGCAGAUACGUCAUUAUGUAUUUAGUUAGAGCGAAAUAGAGAUUUUCGUUUUUUCCAAUUUCCUCGAUAUAAUAGUCGUUUUCUCAAGUGUCACGAUUGUGCUCCUAUCUCUCGAGUCGAUUGACCUUAUCACGUUAGCUAGAUUAGCGUCAAUCGUUCUUGGCAGUGUCAGCCGACAGUGAACGUAUUCCGUCUGUCAUCUCGAAAAUGACUGUUACCGUGGUCCAGGCAAAACUAGCCUCGAUGAUCGCUAUCGGUGCCGGUAGCUUCAUCGUCGGCGUUGCACCCUCGUGUUUCGUUUCGCGUGUACGUUAUCUACAGCAGAAACUAUUACUUUCGUGUACUCUUUGUUUCGGUGGUGGUGUACUGCUUGCAACCGCGAUUCUUCACAUGUUACCAGAGAUCCGCGAGUCCAUGCCCGAGUACGCGGAGCUACUCUUCUCUUGCGGUUUUCUUCUAUUGUAUUUCAUAGACGAGUUUGUUCAUUACUUUUGGAAUAUCGACGAUCGAUCUGCGACGCAUUUGAACAAUUGUAAACCCGCCGAUUGGAACACGGCAAGUCAAGUAGAGCGUUGCAGAAGUCAUUCACACCAGGUCGGACCUGCCAUUGUCAAUCGGAAUACUACCAGAAGCGUUUCUAUAUUCGACGUAAAUCCGUAUCAGACGAAUCUUAUCGGAAAUGGAACGAAUAAUUCCACUUCAAGAACUUCUACCUAUGGAGCAGUGCAGUAUGUACCUACCGCUCCUAACUUUACCAACGAAGAGACCUUCUUAUGUCAUGGGAAUCACUCGGAACCCUGUGCAAAUUCGAACGCCAACCUUAUGGGUCUUUUAUUAGCGCUUACCGUUCAUGCUAUUCUCGAAGGAUUGGCGGUUGGUCUGCAGAAAGCAUUGUCCGAGGUCUUUCUGUUGGUUGGAGCAGUGGCCUCUCAUAAGUUCGUAGUCGGUUUUUGUUUAGGAUUAGAAUUAGCUGGAGCCAAUAGUUCUGUUGUUAGACUGGUGUUGGCAAUUUUCGUAUUCUCCGCUGGAUCUGCCCUCGGUAUAGGGAUUGGAAUGCUAACGAUGCGAGUGAACAACAAAUGGACGAAAAUCGUGGCACCGAUUUUGCAAGGCUUAGCAGGAGGAACCUUGUUGUAUGGGACGGUCAGUGAAAUUUUGCCAAGGGAAAGAGCAAGAUGGCACAAGAGCGAACGUCGUUGCGCGGGUAUUUUACAGUUUACCUCUGUGAUCCUCGGUUUUGUCCUUAUCUACAUUCUGAAUAAUUACGUGGGUUCGUAAUUUCGAGUCUACGUUCAUUCUGUCGAUGAUUAACAGAGUACAACGAAAAUAUGUAUACGUAGAGUGGUAAUAAUUUUAAAUCAUCAUUUUUUAUACUUA